AUGGGGAAUGUGAGUAGCAGGCCUGAUGACCCCGCGGUCCUGUAUCUCAAAGAUCAAGUGAAAUCUUCCCUCACAAUCACAAAUUAUCGUGGCCAUGGGAUUCUUAACGCCAGUCCUAACUCCUUCCCCGCAACCCGCGUUACAGUAAAGAGAGACCCUGGCGAUGACACCCCGAUUGAAUUUGUUCUUGAUCCGGACUCUGUGACAAGCAACACAACACCUACUUUCCUCUUGCGCCUAACAAAUGAAGAUGAAUUAACAUUCAAGUUUACAUUUAUUAUUCGACAAACCCAGAUUUCCUCAGUUACUACAUCUACUGUAAACGGUGUCGCAACCACACUACCCGAAGCCGUCGAUACAACUCUGAAGGGUGUUACCUUCGCGCAUGCCUCGAACUCGAAAGAGUUAGACAACUUGAUCACCCGAGAGUUUCACGCGAAUCCGAACCUGCAGAAUAAUUCAAACGUUCAGCAUGUCGGUACCUUUUCGACAGGAGGGAGUCCUUCCGUGCAGUUUGACUGGACUUGGAAGUGGAAACCACCGAAACGUGCUGAAGAUAGAGGGGGCGGAUGGAAGAACUGCUGUAGUUUUCUGGACUACGAUGAGCGCACAAACAGAUUGAACACACUUGCGACCUUUACCUUUUGGGUUCAGAAUGCUACCCGACCCCUAUCAAGCCCGAUUAUAACAUCACCGCGGUUCGAGCUAGCCGUUCCACCACGAAAUCGCAACGUUUCCUCUCAGUCAGUUAUUUCAAGAAUGAGUGAAGUGGAGGGUUAUGGCGACGUGAACGCGCCCCCGUCGCCAAUAGAAAAUGUCGAGGUUUUCCCCAAUGCCACAGCACCCACGGUCCCUGUGAAGUUGGAGAUUUGUCAACGCCCAGGGGAGGAUAUGAGCGCAGUCGAGGACGGCCCACUAUUCCGUGCUACGAUGAAAGCCCUUGAACAAAAGACAGGAAACAUGAGGGCCAAGAUGAAAAAGCUCUUGAAAAAGGCCGAAGCAGUGCAUCAACGGCAAGUGGCGUACAAUGAAUCUGUUGGUGCAUUUCUUUUUGCUCUGAAUGAAGCAUCGACCUCGAACGCGAACGCAAUUCAACCGGCUUUGGAACAUUAUUUUGACAAAAUCGCGAAAGAAAUACUCGUUUGGGAGCAGCAAAACUCCACAAAUCUACAAAAGCUCAUCAUCGACCCACUCAGUCGAUUGUACAACAACGAUAUUAAGCAAGCCGAGUCGAAGAAAAAGGAGUUUGAAGACGAAAGCAGAGAUUAUUAUGCUUAUGUGGGACGCUAUCUAGGACAACGCCAGGAUUCCCUCAAGGAGAAAAAGCGAGCCGAGAGCGAUUCGAAGUACCAGUCGAAAAGAAGACUUUUCGAGCUGAAACGGUUCGAUUAUUCCUCCUUUAUGCAAGAUCUUCAUGGCGGACGCAAAGAGCAAGAAGUAUUGUCCUAUCUUACCAAAUACGCGAAUACCCAAGCCCAAAGUUACCUUUCCACGGCGAAGAAAGUUGAGGAAAUGCUCCCACAGUUAGAGGCCCUGAUACAUGAGGUUUCGGAAGCGGAUAAGGAGUUUCAAUUUCAGCGAACUGAGCGUGAAGAAAAGCGAAGGGCUUUGGAGCAGAGCAGCAAAAAAUACAUUGAGCCUGAAGGUAGCAGUGGGCCGCCCGUCGCACCAAAUACAGCUCCUUAUACUUCCGAUUCGGAACUUGGCCGUGCAGAUAGUACCGGCUCUCAAGGGAAGGGGCUUACUGGAAAUCGACCCUCGUUCACAUCCUCUUCCAAUGUUGCGGGAGGUACGCUGAGCCCUUCGGGACAAAAUCGAUUCAAGGGAAUCCGGGAUAUGGAAGAGCGGGAUCAUUCAGCUACUGCUAAUUCGGAAAAAGCGCACUCCCAGCAAAAGAAAGAAGGACUGCUGUGGGCGCUGUCGCGACCUGGUUCUCAUAUUGACCCAAAGGGGAUAAACAAACAGGCUUGGCAUAAGUUUUGGAUUGUCUUGGAUCAAGGAAAGCUUUCUGAAUACAGCAAUUGGAAACAAAAGCUGGAUCUACACAUGGAGCCUAUCGACCUCCGGAUGGCAUCCGUUCGCGAGGCCCGGAAUGCAGAGCGACGAUUCUGUUUUGAAGUGAUCACACCACAAUUCAAGAGAAUUUACCAAGCUACAUCUGAGGAGGACAUGAGGAACUGGAUUACGGCGAUUAACAACGCUCUGCAGACUGCAGUGGAGUCUGGUCGAGGCGCCCCUCCACCUCCGGCUUCUGAUGGAGGAAUCCAUAAGACCAUCGGAUCUGCAUUAGCGGGAAAGACCACUUCGUCCAACACGAGCAACGGGAAUAAUUGGUGCGCAGACUGUGGUUCGUCAUCUAAGGUUGAAUGGGUUUCCAUUAACCUGGGCAUUGUUCUCUGCAUUGAAUGCAGUGGUAUUCACAGAUCCCUUGGGACUCAUAUUUCCAAAAUCCGUUCUCUCACACUGGAUAUCCACUCCUUUUCUAAUGACAUUGUGGAAAUCUUGCUGCAGAUUGGAAAUCGUGUCAGCAACAUGAUAUGGGAGGCCAUGUUGAAUCCAGCGCUGAGGCCAACAGCGCAAUCGACUCGCGACCAACGACUAAAGUUCAUCACCGCCAAGUAUGCCGAGAGAGCCUAUAUUCGUCCACUAUCUUCUACACUUUCACGCUAUGGCACAGCGGAUGAGACGCUCCUCGCAUCUAUCAAACAAAAUGAGAUUCAAGGCGUACUUUAUGGAAUCGCGUUAGGGGCGAAUCUGAAUGCUACGGACCGGUCACGACACACCCAUGCCGUGUUUUUGGCGUUGGCGGCAGCUGAUCCUGCGUCUCCAGCAUCUUCGACGACUUCCCUCUCGAACCGCGCAAAAUCGGCUCCGCAACCCCCGACGGGCAUAAAAGCAAUACCUUUCCCGAUUGCGGAACUUUUGGUUCAAAACGGAGCGGAGAUUCCUAUUGAAAUGCCGGCAAUACCACUGUCACCUGCUGCGCAACUAUACGUUAACCAGCGAACGGGACGGGUCGUCGGAAGCGGCAUGACGACGGCAAUCGCUGGAGGCGGCGAUACCAUCAGCGCGUUACCAACAAUCCGUGACUUUGGAAGCGGAACGAACAGCGUGAUGUCUCCGUCUCCUGCUGAGAUGAAUACAAAGGAGCGGGAAAAAUUGCAUAAACGGGGAAGCGCCGGGGCUCGAUUCGCAGGAAAAGUGACUUCGUUUGGGAGCUAA